AUGGGUUCAAUCAAAACCAAAAAGGCUAUAGCGGCACAUGAUCAUGAACAGCUUCCAUGGGAGAUGAUUGAAGAAAUACUCUCUCAUGUCCCUCCAAUAUCUCUUGUACGCUUCAGAAUCGUUUGCAAACGAUGGAACGCUCUCUUCAACGACAACACGUUCAUCAACAUCCACAAGUUGACGUUUCAAUUCAUUCUAACAACCAAGUCCAAGAUUUACUCGGUAAGCAUUGACCCUAACAUAAAGGUGCGUGAGUUAACAUUGGAUUUUCCCUGUGAAGAAUCUGAUAUUAAAUAUUUGGUUGAUUGCAAUGAGUUCUUACUAUGUUAUAUGGAUAAAGCGACCGUGGUUUGGAACCCGUGGUUGAAACAAAGUAGAUGGAUCAAAGCUGAUGAUGCUAGCAAACCUAGUUUCAGGAUCGACGGCAUAGGUUAUGUUAAUAACAACAGCGUGAGAGUUGAGGAAAGACGUUACAAGACCAUUAGGUCUUAUUGGACGGACCAUUCCAGAUGGAAAACACAAGACUUUGCUUCCAAUGUGUGGAAAAAACUCGAGUUGGAACCUAUCCAUGGAGACAAAAGUCUGGAAGAUAAAACAGAUAUCUUAUUGACGAGAGGUGGAGUAUCGUUAAAUGGAAAUUUGUAUUGGAUUGGUUUUUAUGACAAGACUGAUCCCUUGUACCAUCUAGUUAACUUCAAUUUUUCGAGGGAAAGAUUCUUUAACGUAUUUUGUUAUCUACCAUGCGGGAUAAAAAAUUCCCUCGAUGCUCUUGUCCUUAGGGUCUAUAAGGAAGAUCGGUUAUCGUUGUUGAAACAAUGCCACGUGACAAAGACGAUAGAGAUUUGGGUAACCAAGAACAAGAUAAACAUUGAGAAUGGUGAUGAUGUGGUUUGGAUGAACUUCAUGACUUUUUCGAUACCUAACUUUCCAAGCUUAGUACCGGACGAAUUUACCGACUCUCAGACAAGUUACUUCAUCGACGAUAAAAGGCUUGUUCUGUGUUCUUGCGAUGAAACUGGCCAUCCUUGGAUCUAUGUUGUGGAAGAAAACAAGUUGAUCAGAAAAGUCCAACUAGAUGAUGUGGUUGAUCCUUGGCCUUUGCAUUGUACCUAUUUUCCAAGCUUGGUCCCGGUUCCUUGA